UCGUGAUUCGCACGUGAGUUUGUUUUGGUUUUAUACAUUGUAAGCAGGCGAAGCAGGCCCACUUGUGUUUAACUGUUUCCAAUAGUUUUCAUCUGUUUUCGGCUGUGAUUCGGCUUAUUAAAUAGUUCUAAAAUGGAAAUGAAAGAAGAAAUUUUAAAGCGGCUCGACAACGCCAACCAGGAGUUUGAUUCGAACCUUGCCUAUGGAAUUAAGUUGUGGAAGUCGAACAGCUUUUACUACAUGUCCAAGUAUGAGGUGAUUUUUGAGUUCUUUGUAGACCGUGUGGUUGGAUUUCAUCGCCAAUUGGAGGGGAUUCCGGUCGAGGAAUUUGAAUCAAAGUGGCAAAUUGUUAACGACUUUCUGGCACUGCCUUGUCCUUCGAAUGCGCUCCCUCCCAGAUUGAUUCCCAAAUUGAGGACAGCCUUGUGUGAGCUGGGAGGUGAAGCAGAUAGUAGAGUUUUACUGGAAACUUAUUUAAUUGCUACAUUCGACGUAAAGUACAAAAAUUUCUACAAGUUUGACUUCAAAAGCUACGGCAAAUCAUUGGAACUAGCCAUGAACUACUAUCAAAAGUUUUUGAAAAAGAACUUUGUUAAAAGUGAGGAAGAGAAAACAAUUCAACGAAUCGUGGACGACAUCCGAGUUUAUGUAAAAUCUGCCGGAGAUGAUGGAAGCUGGCAGGAGGCAUUCACAUUUGCGCUGACAAACCUUUGCAAUGUGUUUUUAGCUUUGAAAGCUCACGGUUUGGAUCGGCAGGAUGAUUUGCUGCUGCUGUUGAAGGAAGUUUACUUUCAGGAUGGGAAAAGUUCGCAGUACAAUCGGGUGACGGAUCAGACGAAGAAAAAUCUACUCAUGGGCUAUUUUGAUCCUAAAAAUCUGCCUGUUCAUGUGGUGGCGCUACUAAUCGAAGGGUAUUUGAAGACGUACCGUGAAAUCAAGUUAGACGUCCUCUUGUUUCUGAAGUACUUUCUGCUGCAUGUGUUUGUAGAUCCAGGGAAGUCGAUACUUUCUGAGGCACAUCAGGUGUUUCAAUUGACUAAUUACGUUUUCCAUCUACUAAAGAAGUACUUUAUUAAGAUCGAUCAGAAGUUGGUGCAGGAUUUUGAUUUCAACGGAAUCUUCACAAUCAAAUUGAAAGAUUUUCUGGAGAAGUAUGAGUCUUCAGAAAGCCACCUGAAAGAUAUCUUCACGUUGAUCUGUACGAUUAACGAAUACAAUCCGUUGAUUCUGGAAACGAGCAUCAUCGAUAUCAUUCUUCGGACAAUGUUCAUCAAAAAAGGAGAGGAAACGUUGGAACGGUUUCAAUCGAUGCUGGUUUCAACCAUUGGCUUGUAUGUGAAAUUGAAUCGAAGUGAGAAUUUCCGAGAGGAACUGUUUAUGAAAUUGGGAGAUUAUCUCGACGAUCACGAUUUGGGUGAACGAUUGAAGGAGUUGAGGACAGGGUUGAUGAAACGAAAAUCGAUGGCAUCGGAGCAUGAAACGCCUGUAAAGCGAAAAAAGUUAAUAAACGGACAACAAGAGAUCUUUUCGCACAGUCCUGAGCAUGAUUAUUACUUGAGACUCCUCUAUCCGACGAACCGAGAUGAUGCUUGCAAAAAUGUAAAGCGCCUACAGCUGCAAGAUCAGUGGAAAUCGAUCGCGUUUGCUUGGCCGGACUCCAACGGCCGAUUGAAUCAGGCAAUGAUGGAUUAUGUGAAGGGCCUGCUCACGAAACGAAGUUUUACCUAUUGGCGCAAAAUGCAGAAUUUUCUGGAUGAGUUGCUUGAGACGCUAGAAGAGGAUCAGCAGAACGAGAUUGAACUGUUCAAGCUUGAAUUUGCCACCUGUUGGAUGUGCUACUUCUUCGCCGGCAAUACGUUGAUUGAACAGACAAAUUUGUUCUGGGAAAAAUUGGAGAAGCAUUUUUUAGAGUUCGAUGAGCUGCUGGCAAAGUUUGGUCGGAUGUUAUUGAAUGGAACUGUGGCAGAUAGUAGAAUGUUUGACUCGUUUUUGAAGAUGGUCUAUUUCUAUGGUAAUUACCGACUAGUGGUGCAUUAUUAUCGGCCGGAUUCGAUAAGCGACAGCAGUAACGAUGGAAUUCAUCAAUUUCUGAGCGACGAUGAGUGGAGCAAACUCGAAGGGCGGAUUCCAUCCUCUGGCACAACUCUGUUGAAUAAGAUUUAUUUGCAAAAGGUCCGUGUCUUGAAAUUGGGUGGUACUUCAACGGAUGAAUGUGAGGAACAAUCUGAUCUAAUUGAAAAGAUCCUCGCACCAGAGAGCUUUGAUGAGUUGCGGUGGUUGUUGGUAGAUCGUUCAACGAACUGUUGGUUCAUACAACUGCUGUCGUUGGAACAAAAGGUUUCCGUUGUUGGUCGGUUGCUGCAAAAUGACUGUUUCGAUGAAAUUGAGUUUGUUGUUGAACAACUACCAGAAGAUCACGUUUUAAUGGAGGUUGUUUUGUUGUCGACUUAUCAAACAAUAAUUGAAACCAUAUUUGCGGAGCAAAAAACAUCUCUAUCGAGAAAACUAACGUUUGAUGGCAUUUACGAGUUUGACGAAGAAGUGGUUAUGAAAAAGAUUCGCAAGCUUUUGGAGAAAAAAGCAGAGAAGAAAGAAGAACUCAUAUCUCUAGACAAUGCCAAUAAGUUGAUGAAUCUGUUGAAGAUUUUGAACUCAAUUCGAAUAGAUGAAUUAGCUGAAAAACAAAAGACAAUAAUUGUUGCGGUCGGCAUUCUUAUUUUUACCGAUGUAAUGAGUUGUGGAGAUUCUGACCUUACCAAUGUUCAUUGCAACAUCAUCAAUAAACAAUUAACCUUCGGAAUAGUUCCAAACCUGCUGAAGUUUCUGGAUAUUGACACCCUUGUCAAGCUCUUUGGUCAAUCAUCUCCGGUAAUGGUUGCCCUCAUACGGCAAACGGCUACUUACCUAACCCAGGAAGCAUUCGACAGUUUCCAAACCACGUUGAACAAUUUCUCAAAUCAAACCGACGAGCAAUUCGAGUUGGUUCUCACGAUUUUCUUCUAUCUACGAAAAAGUAAUUCUAAUCGGCUUAAGCUGAUUGCUGCGGAACAAUUGAGCGAACUGUUGGAUCAGUACGUGGGUGCGAUCGAGGCAUACAUUGGCAGCAAGUCACCGAAAAAGGUGCGCAAAUCGGAUUCGGUUUUGUUUGAUCACCUGCUGAAGGGUUGUUCGUCAAUUAUCCACUACAAGACUACGAACAAAAAGGAACUGACGGAGGAAAUGCGCGAGGUGCUUCUACAGUUGACUGAUCAGGCGCUCAAAGUCGACAGUAUAUCAUCGAGCACUUUGCUGACAAGCGCUCUCCAGCACAAAGACUUUCUUAAAUUGGACCAGGAGCGAAUCAAACUGCUGGUGGAAAAUCGCUGGGCCAGCUUUCAAGCAGAAUUGCAAACCGAAUGUUCAACGGAGAAUUCAAACGUUGAGGCCACCAACUUGCAGAUGAACAAUGUUAAAGUUUUCGCCGCUUUCCUCACUCAUCAUCAAACGGCGCAGCAACUCACGGAGCGCUUCGAGCAGCUCGAGAAAGAAGUUGCUACCGAUCGGAGCUAUCGCUCGAAACAGUUGCUCUUGCGAGUGUACUCCACACUGGCGAAGAAUGCUUUUGCUUCCGGUGUUUCGAAGGAAGUCGAAAAAGUGUUCGUACGGUCGUUUGGAACGGUUGUGGCCAACGAAGUUGUUCCCCUUUGUGUAAUGAAAAAGUUCUUUGACGAUCGGAGUUUUUUGGAAGAAAUCCUCAUCUGCUUCGCUGCAGUAGUUGGCAAUCCUAAGUUAACGUUGGUUCCAUCUAUCAUGGACAACAUGCUGGAGUUCCUUAGUAGCAUCAACAUAAAAAAGUGUACGGUUAAGGAUGAGGACGAGAAAGCAUUCUACCAGCUGCAUCGGUUAAUCAGUGACGUUCUAUAUUUGAUGAUGAUCAUUAGACCCAACUACGUCGCAAAUCGUCUUCCGCAGUACUUUUAUGUUUUCAACGGAUUGAUCGCAUCCGUUAUAUGCUACAAAGAGGACCGCCCACUUGAGAAGCCUUUGAAUAGCUUUGAGAUUCUCACGCUGUCCGACCUGUUGUUACCGUUGGAAAAGAUCAUGAGUCACGCUGCCAAGAAGGUCGACAAGGAUCUCCGCAUCAUGGCACCGUACGUGUUGGCGCAGGUUAUCCAUUUUAUCAUUCAAAGUAAACGACCGGCGACCCUGCACGAGAAGAUUUGUCGUACUGUGUACAACAUCUGUUAUGGGUUGAUUGAAAUUUACGACAAACACUCGUCCAGCUAUCUGCUGAGGACGUGUGACGAAGCUUCGAAGAACGUCUAUACCGAGAUAGUUAAAGGGUUCCGAAAGUAUAGGUCGUUCAAAGGAAAGAUCUAAACAGGUAAGUAUAAUAACUGCCCAUAAACUCAUAACAGUCCCAUGUUUGCUUGAUUUCCUAUCUACAUGGGACUGUUAUAAAUUUAU